AACUUUUUUAACGUUUUAUUUCAGGAAACCCUGAAAAACUCUGAUGCUCCCAGAGUUAUAAAUGUUUCUUCCAUGGCAUCUAUUCAACCAAGUCCAAUAGACUAUACACAGAUCAAGAAAGGACAGGAUUACGAGGUUGAUUUAGUGUAUCAAGUCUCCAAGUUUAUGAACGCCCUGUUUACAAAAGAGCUCGUAAGGAGAUGGGGUUCGGAAGGAUUUCAAUCCUUUUCUCUUCACCCUGGCGUUGUCAGGACUGAAAUAUUCCAGAAUAUGGAGUCUCCUCCAUGGUAUAAGAAACUACCUCCAAUCCUACAAACCAUUCUUGGAAAAAUGCUUCUGGUGUUUUCAUAUAUCUAUGGAAAAACAGCUAAACAGGGUGCUCAAACUUCUAUCUAUUGCUGUGUAGAAAAUGGUUUAGUGAACGGAGAAUAUUAUCAAGAUUGCCGACUUGCACCCUGGUGGUGGAAGAACUCUGAACUAGACAAUGAAGACUGGAGUAGAAAAUUAUGGGAAUUCUCUGAGAAACUUGUAAAUUAGUUCUAAACAAAUACCAAUAUUAGAUAUAUACUUAGAUAUAUACUUUCUUAAAACAAUGUUAAAAUCUUAAGUUAUAAUAAUUUUAUUCUUGUUUUUAA